AUGACGCCAUUCGGAGCCUCACUCCACACGGCCAUGGACCGCCUGACUCCAGCGACCGUUGACAUGGCACUGCUCACGGAUGCGCCGUCGUCACAUGAGAUCGAGGACCAAGUGCAGCGUGCGCGUGGGAGUUCAAGCCCCGGCCUGGACGGUGUCGGCGUCCGGCUGCAGCGCAGGGCCGGGGAGCGAGGGUUCCGUUUGGUUGACCCUUAG